AUAUCGGGACAAAGCAAAAAGAAGGUGGAUUGAUUUUGCACGCAUAUUGCCCCAAAAAUCCAAGCAAGCACAAAGAAUAAUUAUUUCGAAUGGAAACUCGCACUAGAUCUGGUUUGGAGGAGUUGGAGGAGGAGGAGAAAGUCAACUCUGGUAUCCCCACUUUGUGUAGAUCACUGGACAAGCUUUUGGGAGGGGGGAUCAAAGCAGGAACGCUGACGGAGGUUGUGGGGUUGUCGGGCGUGGGUAAAACUACACUUUGUCUUCAACUCUGUUUGAAUGUGCAAAUUCCUAUAUGCCUCCAAGGAAUAGAGAGUGAAGCUAUCUAUAUUGGAACCAAUCAUUCCUUGAGUCAGGUUCGGCUGACUCAAAUGGCGACAGAGUUUGUUGAUCGGUGCAACAAGAUUAUUCUGAAGACGUUUACAAAACAACCUGUCGUCACGAUCGAAAAAAUUCUAUCAGGGAUUCAUGUAAUUAAAUGUUGUAGUAUUCAAGAAUUGACAAGGAUAAUUCUAAGUUUGGAUAAGUAUCUGAAAACAAAUGACAGGGUUAGACUUGUAGUUCUGGAUGGUAUAGAUUUUCCCAUGUUUAUUGAACCAUUGUCAUUUAGUAGUAGAGUAAAAGUAUUAUUUAAUCUCGUUCAAACUUUGCAAUCCUAUAUGUUUAACUACAAACUAGCCAUUGUCAUCACAAACAGUAUGACAACAAGGUUUGCAAUGAAGGAAGAGAGUGAAAUCAUUGAAGAGUAUUUUGUUCCGUAUUUGGGAGAAUCUCUAAAUUAUUGUCCGAAUCAGAUUAUAAAGUUGACAUGUAAUCCAUCACAAAGAACUAGAAAAGCCGAGCUAACCAAAUCUGGGGUUUGUAAACUGGGUACGGCACGGUAUCGAAUAAUUCAUAGUGGUUUCCGUGACUGAAAUUGCUACUCCAUCCAACAUAUGUAUGAAUUCAGAAGAGCGUUUAUUUAUCUAUGUAUUACUUAAUUUCACUAACACUGCUUGUAAUUUAACAAGUUUUAAUAGUGUAAGUACGAUAGAGGAUUACAUUUGUUAUUUAGUAAUAAUUUAUAAAUAGCUACAUAUAAUUGGUUCUUAUAAACACAAUUAUCCGUACAUAAUAUAAAUAAAUUGUUUGAAAUUUUCUGUA